CAGGCCGUAGCAGUUGUCCGUGAUAUGUUUCGUAAGCAUAAAGAGUUGUAUGAAAUGGCUUUGGUCGCUUCCUUUUACCCUUCUUUCAUUUAUCAGCUACGGCGAGUGGAUCCGAAAAUAGUGACGGCCCUCACCUUUCGACCUCGCUUCCUGUCCUACACAGAUAUCCCUAAUGGCAGACCUCGCUAUGAUUCGACGUGGAAGACUCAGCUAGCCCUGGUCGGCGACGCAGUACUGGAGUGGGCCUUCCACAACAUCCUAUGGUACCUCACUGGUGUGUCUGCAGUUCUCAUACACAAAGACUACCUCUCAGCGGAGUAUGUUCGUAUGUGGAAUUCAAGGAAUGUUCACGUCAUAGCCUGGACACCGAAUCAGCGCGUGGAGAAAGAAUACUUAAAGAAAGUACUCAACGUCACCUGUAUUACAGACACCCUAUUAUGAUGGAAUGCGGAAUUCCUUCUUAUUUGUCUUUCGCCAUUUUUUUUUAAUCUGAAAUUUAUCUGUUAAUGUUAUUUGGGGGACCAAUUUCUUUUUUUAGAAAUGAUAUGAUUUUUCAGUUCUUACUCAGCUGAUUUGGCGCUAUUGCUAAAAUAAAAAGUAUGUAUUUUUUAAAAAUUAUAUUUUAAAAAAUUAAGCUCCAUAUUUUGGAAAGUUGUGAAAUUUUAUUCAUUUUUUACUCUAAUAGUAGCUUUCAAGUAUGUUUUUUACUGCAAAUAGCUGCUUGGGCGGAUAGCCACCUAAAUUAAUUAUUAUAAAAAAGAAAAUCACUCAAGCUCCGCUAUAGCGAACUUCCAAAUCUAUAAGAAUCGGUUAUAAUGAGUUCCACGGUUAUUUUGAUUUUUUAACCUUUUUCACGGAAUUUAUGCAACUUUCACGUGAAAAAUUACAAACCCUUAAAUUUAUCCCGUUUGGGGUUUAAAUAGCAAACUUCGAACUUAGACUCACGGAACCCUUAGAACUAUUAGGUUUUUUUAGGGCACCCCAUCCUAUCCCAACCUUAGUAAACUUUAUCUUAAAGUAAUAUUUAAAGUUGAUCAAUGUGUUUUAUGUACUUUAUGUAAAGACAAUUAAAGUACUGUAUAUUUUAUUAAAAUUUUAAUAUAAAAUUAAUGUAAUUAUUAAUAGCAUUGAUUUGUGCUGCAGGUGUUACCAACCUUUGCACUGCAUUUAGUGACUGAGGUGUGCGUACAUUUUUUUGGCACAAACUGUCGAAGUCUUGCUCUAUUUAUGUUAUCUGCUGUCGCAUUUCAUAUUCUGCCUUUAAUUUGUUCCGAUAUUUUGUUUUUGUUGCCACUUGCAUUGAGAAAAAUUUUCCACUUAAAUAUUGUUGUUCCGAAUAGCAUGACUAUGUGUCUACUUGUGUGGGAAAGUUCUGGAAAUUUUGCAUAAAUCUACAUUCAAAAAUUUAGGAGCUGCCCUUGCUUACAUUUGAAUUUUAAUGUCAAAUCUGUUAUGCUUGCAUGUCGAUAAGUUGU